UCCACCCUCACCGUUGGUAAAUACAAAAAAAGUAACGUAAGUAAAACAUGUUGAACUUGAAGCUGACUCUUUAAAUUCAGAAAAUCUUCGAUUCGUCGGAGAAAGAUUUUUAAAUCUCCGACCUUAAACACAGGCAGAGAGACAAAAGAGUGUGUGUGUGAGAGAGAGAGUAAUUAAGAUUAUUACUUAGUAUAUUAGAUCUUAGUUUGUUUAGGUUGAAAAAAAAAAAAAGAAAAGCCAAAAAUGCAUUCGUUUGGGUACAGAGCCAACGCUCUGAUAACGUUGGGGGUGACCGUACUUGCCCUCAUGUGCGCCAUGGCUUCUCUCUCCGACAACCUCAAUUCCCCCACUCCCUCUGCCCAAGUCCAGGUACUCAAUGUUAAUUGGUUUCAGAAGCAACGCAAUGGAAACGAGGAGGUUAGCUUGACAUUGAAUAUCUCAGCUGAUUUGCAGUCGAUGUUCACGUGGAACACUAAACAGGUCUUUGUCUUUCUAGCUGCUGAGUAUGAAACCCCAAAGAAUUCUCUGAAUCAGGUUUCCCUUUGGGAUGAUAUUAUACCAUCUAAAGAACGCGCAAAGUUUUUGAUUCACACCACAAAUAAGUAUCGCUUUAUUGAUCAGGGAAGCAAUCUGCAGGGUAAAGAGUUUAACUUGACUCUGCACUGGCAUGUCAUGCCCAAAACUGGCAAGAUGUUUGCUGACAAAAUAGUUAUGACUGGAUACCGUCUGCCAGAAGAAUAUAGAUAAGGAUGUCUCUCUUGGAUUUUAAUGCAACUAUAAUCUUUGUUACAAUGAGGGGUAUUUGAGUUUGGAUUGUCUCAAAAAUGAACGGAGGACCCUGAAAUUAGUGAAAUUUUGUUAUGAAGGAUUCAGUUUCCUUGUUUGAUGACCAUCAAGUAGUUCAUUAUCAUUGAAAGGCUGCUACUAGUGAAUGGUCUAUAAUCUUGAGGGUCUAAUGGAUCUAUUUUUAUGCUGCAUUUUGAUUUAAGGAUUUAAAAUCAAGUGAUUUGAAGAAUAA